AUGUCAAACAUGCAGGAUCAGAGACAAGAUGAGUUAAAAGGGGAUGAAGUGGUUAUAAGUGGAAUAUCCGGAGUUGAAAUGGUGGUAUGCGUCGACCCUCAUUUUGUUCAUCCAGAUGUUCCACAUCAUAUAGGAAGAAUAAAUGAACCGAAUAAAUUGGAUGCUCAAUUUUUUAAAAUCAUGUUCAACCAAGCCAUGUCUAUGGAUCCUAUGUGCAGAAAGUUAUUGGAACAAUCGUAUAGCGCUAUUUAUGAUGCUGGAAUCAAUCCACUCACGUUGGACGGUAAAAAAGUUGGUGUAUACGUAGGAAUAGCUUACAUGGAUGUCCUUAAUUUUUUUAUGGAUUGUGACAACUCAACAAAUAUAUAUUAUCUUAGUGGCUCAUCCAAAACUAUGCUGGCAAAUCGCAUAUCAUAUUAUCUCAAUACAAAAGGCCCAUCUUACGCUAUCGAUGCAUCUACCGCUAGUUCAUUACUAUCCUUAGAUCAAGCUUACCAACAUCUACUUUCUGGUGAAAUUGAAUCUGCCAUUGUUGCUGGAUCUAAUAUUUGUAAGCAGCCAACAUUCGGUGUUAAUUUAAGGAGAGCAGGACUUGUAUCUCUUGAUGGUAAAACAAAAUGUUUCGAUGAAAACGGAGAUGGCAGCGUAAGAUCAGAGGCAGUCAGUGUUGUAUUUUUACAAAAAGCUAAAGAUGCGAAAAGGAUUUAUUCUCAAGUAUAUCACGUAAAAAGCGGUUAUUCAAAACCAGAAAUUCACUGUUUCCCAAAUCGUGAAGAAAAUGAUAUUUUAGCAUUCUUGCAAGAGUUCUAUUCUGAAAUUGACGUUGCACCCUCUUCCGUUGAAUAUGUAGAAGCCAACGCUCCUGGUAUUGCUUCUCACGAUAAAGUAGAACUUAAAGCAAUUAGUAGAUUUUUUGGAGAUAAAUCACCAGUUAAAGUUGGAAGUGUGAAGUCUAAUAUGGGUAACAGCGAGGGAGCCUCCGGCCUGUGCUCAUUGACUAAGGUAUGUCUAGCAUAUCACACUGGAACUAUUGCUGGUAACAUAAACUGUUCGAAUCCUAUGAAAACUGAGAAGGCAGUUAUAUUAAAAGAAAACGUACCAUUUAAUAGAGGAUUCAUCGCCAUAAAUGAAUUCUCGUACACCGGAAAUGAUGCUCAUGCUCUUCUUAAAGGAUAUUACAAACCAAAGGAUCACAAUCGUUACAAAUGCAGUAUACCUUAUUUAGUUUUGAUUUCUGGAAGGGAUGAGGACUGUGUGAACCAUCUUUUUGAUAUUUUACAAAGCUAUCCGGUGGACCCUGAAUAUGUAGGGAUGUUACACCAAAUUCACAAUUUCGAAAUGAAAGGGCACACAUCGCGAGGAUUUAUUAUACUAGAUGGCAAUGCCAACCAACAAAUAGAAGCACUGUCAAGAAGCGUAGAUUAUUAUGCAGGAAACAAACGGCAAAUUUGGUUUGUGUUUAGUGGCAUGGGGUCACAGUGGGUUGGUAUGGGAGAAACCCUGAUGCGGAUACCAAUAUUUAAUGAAGCAAUUCAAAUAUGCGACAAAGCUCUAAAACCUAAAGGAUUAGAUAUUAUAAAAAUAAUAUGUGAUAAAGAUGGUACUAUUUUUGAUAAUAUUCUACACUGUUUUGUGGGUAUCGCUGCAAUACAAAUUGGUCUCGUGGAUAUAUUGAAAGCUAUUGGAAUAGAAUGCGAUUAUAUGAUUGGUCAUAGUGCUGGUGAAACAGCAUGUGGGUAUGUCGACGGAUGCUUUACUAGAGAAGAGAUGAUCCUUUCCGCGUAUAGCCGAGGGAAAGCGUCUUUAGAAACCAAUUGUAUUCCUGGUGCUAUGGCGGCUGUAGGAAUGGGGUAUAAAGAUUUAUACCCAAUAUGCCCUCCAGAAAUUGACAUCGCUUGUCAUAACAGCUCUGAAUCAUCGACUAUAUCAGGACCAGCUGACGAUAUCACACAGUUUCUCAAAGAAUUGACAGCGAAGGAAAUAUUUUGCAAAGAAGUGCCAAGCAGUAACAUUGCCUUCCAUUCUCGGCACAUUAGUGUAGCUGGAAUGAUCGUUUUACCUGAAAGUGCAUUACUAGUAUUGACGUGGCAAACGUUGGCUAUGUCGAUGGAUAUGAAUUUCGAGAAUCUUUCAGUAAUAUUCAAAGAUAUAAAUUUCAACACUCAAAUAGAAUUAAAACCAGAAAACUUACUAAAUCUAAGCAUAUCUAUAACAAAGAAGAAUGGCAAGUUCGAGGUAGUCCAUAAAAAUGAAAUAAUUGUAACUGGUUAUAUAGUUGAAUAUGAAAACGAGCCAAUGAGAAAGGUUAACCAUUCUAGCGCCAACACAAUAAACGACGUAACUUUAUUUGCAGUAGAUAUUUACAAAUUCCUUAACCUUCGAGGUCACGUAUACACAAACCAAUUUCAAUCUCUUCAUUCGCUAAACCUAAAAUGCAGCGAAGCAUACAUAAAAUGGGCUGGUGAUUGGAUCACGUUCCUCGAUGGCUUAAUACAGAUCAACAUAUUUGCAAACAAUCACAAUGAUAUAUCUAGACCGAAACUUAUAGAGAGUUUGACUAUUGAUAUUUAUGAGCACGCCAGUGUACAGUACAAAUCUAACAUUGACAACGCUAUUUGCUAUAAAGCAGACUAUUAUGAGAACUUUAAUAUUCUAAGAAGUGGCGGCGUUCAAGUUGUGAAUAUUAAUUUUGAAAAUCUUAUCCCUCAGCGGGUCGAAUCUGAUUUCUUAGGCUUGUUACAGUUUUGGCCACACUUUUCAGAAACAGAAUUCGAAUUAAAUACAGCUAUCGCAAUAAAUAUGCAAAUUAUUGCUGAUGCUAUUCUGCAAAAGGACAUUAAAGUAACAGAGCUUAGAACAUCAAACAUAAAUAUCAUAUCAAAUGCUAUAAAGGACGUAUCAACUCAGCUCCCUAUAAAAUUGAGAUUUAAUCAUAUCAAUAUUGAAAAUGGAAAACUAAAUCUUCUGAGGAAACAUGAUUUAUCUCAGUCACAAGUAUUAGUAGUUUAUGACUUUGUAAUGGAUACCGAGACGAUGGCUGCAAUAUAUGAUCAUCUACCAAGAAAUGGAUUUAUUUUAUCGUUAGAAAAAAGAAAAAAUAAAAAAUACAUCAUUCAAACUGAUUAUUUUAAUAUUUUAACUGUAUUUCCUACUAAUGACGAUUAUACAUUAGUUUUAAUAAACAAAGUUAAAAUUGAUCAAGUUGUAGAAGAUAAAGUUGUUGUAAAAGUUUAUGAUGAUAGCUUCUCUUAUAUGAAUACAUUAAGAAAAGAACUUAAUAAUAACAAGCGAAUUGUGCUACUUUACGAGAAACAACACUAUUGUGAUCUAAAGGGUUACUUGAGAGGCUUACGAGAGGAAUAUCGAAACAAAAUUAGUUUGUUUAUGAUAUUAGAUGAAGCAUCGCCUGAUUUUAAUGUCAACAAUAAUUUCUACAGUAAACAGAUGCAAAAGAAUCUACCAUUUAAUACACUGUAUGAUGGUGAAUGGGGAGGAUAUUAUUACACACCGCUCAAUAACUACAAAAGUGUUCCCCUAAAUUCUAAACUUAGUCUACCAGAACUUGGAAACAUAAAUAGUUGGCACUGGGAGGAGAUAGACAAUCUGAAUAAAUCCAAUACUGUUGAGGUGCAGUAUGUAGGAUUGUCAUUAAAAGAUGUAGAAAAAGUUAUCUGGAAACCAGUCAAUAACAAAAAAAUAUCUUUUGGUAUGGACUAUAGUGGUUUUGAUACUAGAGGUAAUCGGGUGAUGGGAAUCAUUGCCGAUGGUGCAAUUUCUAAGGAAAUUGAAUAUGAUUUAGAUUUACUUUGGCCCGUUCCAAAAACUUGGUCUUUAGAAGAAGCUGCUACAGUUCCUCUACCGUACGCUCUCGCCUAUUAUUCUCUGGCACUUAGAGGAACUUUGUAUGCAGGAACAACAGUUUUUAUUAAUGGUGGAGCUGGAGCACUUGGACAGGCCGUAAUAUCGAUAUGUCUAAGUUUAAAUUGUAAUAUAUUUACCACAGUUAGCGAUCCUGGCAAGAAAGCGUUUCUACUUAAGCUAUAUCCUACAUUAAAAGAAAAUCAAAUUUUAAAUUCAAGAUAUGAUGACUUUUAUGCAUCUAUUAUCAGGCAAACCAACAACAAGCGGUGCAACUAUGUAAUCAACUGCGAAAGCGGUAUAUUCCGCAAUUCUGCGAUAAAAUGCCUAUCACCUCUUGGCACCUAUUUAGAUUUAUCUAAUAAGGAUAUGAUAGACAAUAAACCUUUGGGCAUGAGCUUCGCAGCCGAAUUUAAAUAUUACUAUAGUGUGAAUUUUUCUAAUAUUUUUAAACCGGAAUAUUCACAUGAAAAAAAAUUAUUACAAUCAAUGAUAGCAGAUGGCAUCGCUACGGGAGUCGUUAGACCACUAACUUACACCAUGUUCUCAUCUUCCGAAGUAUCCAGGGCCUUCAAGUUUUUAUCUACUAGAAGACAUAGAGGAAGGGUUCUGUUUGAUUUAAGAAAUUCGCUAAAUAACAAUGUGAUGCCAAGGCUUGUAUUGAAUCCUCAAUUUGCAUAUGUCGUAAUAGGAGAUCAAGAUGAAUUAUGUGUUAGUUUAAUGGAUUUAUUAAUAAAACGUGGUGCGAAGAAAAUUUACUUACAAAUGAGAUCCAAAGCUGUUUCUCCGUUCAUAGAGGCUAAGAUGUUACUAUGGAGGACUCAAGGCAUAGAGGUAAAAGUAAGCCGAUAUGGAAUUGAGGACGAAGAAAAAUGUAAACUUUUUAUCAGUGACGUCGCAAAAUUAGGCCCAAUUGAAGGCAUAUUUAUUGUUCUGUACAAACUAACUGCUCCAGCAUAUACAAAUGUGCCAACAUCAAUAUCUAAUUUGGAUAAAUUAUCAAGAAACAUGGAUUACCUUAGAUACUUUGUAAUACUAUCGAGUAAUGUUAACAGUUCGGAAGAUGAGCGUGUGUUCUCAAUGUGCAGUAAAAUAUGUCACUAUCGUAAUAACAUUGGUUUGAAUGCUCUUCUAUAUCGAGCGGAAUUCGUAGAUGAGUUCGAAGGUCUUGAUAAAAACCAAACAACGUAUCAAUCGAUACACCAAGUUUUAAAUGGUAUGGAAAAUAGUAUAAAACAAAACUGCAGCAAUGUGAUAUCAUAUAACACAAACAAAAAUUCUAAAAUGGAAUAUUCAAGAAAACUAAAUUACAUUUUAGGCAAACAAACAAAUGGAACUGAGUUAGAUGUUAAUGCAUCAUUACACGAUAUUGCAAUAGAUAAGCUCACAAUAAAGGAAAUAAGAGGUUUAAUUUUAGAACACUAUCAAGUUGCAGUAUCUGACAGGAAACUUAUCCAAAUGUCUCUAUCCAGUAUCCAGAAUGUUGAAUACUAUUUAGACGAAUUAAAGAACAACAUCGGGCUUGAUGCAAUAAUCUCGUACGUCAAUGACGAUUCCUAUGAAGCAUGUGAUUCAUUCAAACAAAUGUUAACGUUGACGAAUAAUAUUCCAGAGAAACUCUCUGACAUGGAAUAUGUUGAUCCUGCAGCUGAUUAUUUGAUUUUGAUUCCUGGGUUUCAAGGCGAUUGUGGCUUGUUUGAACCUUUAUGCUCCACUCUCAAAAUCAAAGGAAUAACUGUCCAACUUGGACCAGAUUUGGCAGCAAAUACUAUAUCAGAAAUGGCUGAAAGUGUAUUGAAGAAUGCAGUAAUAAGAUUAGAAGAAAAGAAUAAAUUUUAUAUCUUGGGAUACUCGUUUGGUGUUAAUAUUGCUUUGGAAGUUGCAGCAUUAUUAGAAAAGAAAGGCAUCGUUGGUACAGUUUUUUGCCUAGACAGUAGUCCAGAUGCUUUGCGUGUACAACUAAAUACGUAUACCAGCGAUUUAGCAGACGAAGAAGUACAAAACGUACUAAUUGAUCAUAUUUAUUACUUAAUAACUAAAGAAACAAACAACAAACUUAAAGAAGAAAUAAAAACAUUUAACAAGUUUGAAGAAAAAGUUACGGCUUUUGUCAAAGAAACAAAAGAACGUGUGCCAUAUCCUCAAGAAUAUAUCAGACUAAGUGUAGAAUCAGUAUAUAAAAGAAUUUCACUGGCUAUGAAGUAUAACCCUACAUAUACGCUCGAAUCUGAAAUAGUUUUGCUAAAAGCGAUCAAUGAUUCAAAUGCUGAAAUUUUACCAUACGAUUAUAAUUUGGCUAAAUAUACCAAAAAACCAGUAAAAGUAGUAAAUGUUGAAUCAAACCAUACAACGUUGCCAUUUAAUGUUAAUGUGCCGAAUGUAAUAAAUAAAAUGCUUGAUAAAGAACUGUUAACAAAAUAUAAAAACACUAAUCUAUGCAAAACUUAUUUGAUUAAAAUGAAG